AUGACAGGUCCUGCAAGCGAUGGCCUGGAUGAUGUUGCGGGGCGCGAUCUGCUACUGGGAGUGCGCCGGGAAGGAGAUCCCGGAUACGAUGAAGCCUGGCACAGACGCUUUGCGGUCCUGCGGAUGGCUGCCAUUGAAAGCUAUGUGGCGCAGUCGGAUUCCUGGCGCUACACGCCCAGCUUGAAGCGUUACCGCGAGGUGCCCAAGGUGCAGAGGCUGCCUGUCGCCAAGGCCUUCACCGAGCGCAUCGGCCGCGAAGUCCGAUCCUCGAAGCCCGUGAUUUGCAUCGAGAGGCCUUACUUGGAAGGUUUUGUGGAAGGAUGGUGUGAGGUCUCCACACCUUUCCCCUUUGUUCUGCUUGUGGUGAAUGGUGGUGAUGCCCCAUUGACGGAAGAGCUGCAAAGUCAGAUUCUUCUGUUGGAUGGCUUGCGAGGAUGUUAUGCCAACAACCUGCACAAUACAAGGUAUCCGCAUAUUUUUCAUCCUCUACCACUAGGUUUGACCUCCGAAAAUGUCCUGGACGACGUGCGGAUGAAAGCAGCUCCAUGGCACGAGCGCGAUCGACGUUUGUUGGUCACCCCCAUGAGGUUGCACAACCGCGUCAGGAAGCGCUACCUGGAAGUCUUGUCGGCCCCCGAGUAUGGCGAUGUGGUGAGGGUCAUUACCGAGCCAGUGGCCUAUGAGAAGUUCCUGGAGCUGGUCAGUCAACAUCAGAGUGCUUUAUCGCCGCCUGGACGGGGCUACGACUGCGGCCGUAGCUGGCAGGUUCUGGCGCUGGGAAGCGUCCCGCUGGUGAUGCGAGAUGAGAAAUUCGACCAGCGCUUGCACAUAGGUGCUGGACCAGAAUUUAUUCCCAGCCCAGAGGAUUUGUCGCUGGAACUGCUGGUGCAAAUCCUGUCGGAGUUGAGGGAUCCAUCAGAGCACCUGGAGAAGCUGAAGAUUGAUCAUUGGAAGGAUCGAUGGAAAUCCUGCUUUGAAUAA